UUAUGCAAUAUUAAUCAUAAAUCUUAUUUAAUCAUUCUGAAGACAUUUGUAUAUUGCGCUUUUAAGCGGAAGUCACUUCAAGCCUGAAUUUGAUUUGUAUAGUUUGUAUCCAAAAACAUUGAGGUGUAAUGCUUCAACUUCCUUUCUACGACGUGCCUACUAGAAUGCAGAAGAAAAGCGCAACUGCGGUCGCUUAUUGCAAACGAGGCCGCGGAAAUCUUCGAGUAAAUGGGCGUCCGCUAGAAUUGGUUGAACCUCGAGUAUUACAGUACAAAUUACAAGAACCCAUUCUGUUGCUCGGCAAAGAAAAGUUCUCUGGAGUCAAUAUUAGAGUAAGAGUAAAUGGUGGUGGUCACGUAGCCCAAAUUUACGCUAUCCGACAGGCUAUCUCUAAGGCACUGGUUGCGUAUUAUCAAAAAUAUGUUGAUGAAGCUAGCAAAAAGGAAGUGAAAGACAUUCUUAUUCAGUAUGAUCGUACGCUUCUAGUUGCUGAUCCAAGGAGGUGUGAACCAAAGAAAUUUGGUGGUCCAGGUGCCAGAGCACGAUAUCAAAAGUCUUAUCGUUGAUAUCUGCAAAUUUCACACUAUACUUCAUUCAUAUAAUUGAAUGAAAAAUGUAAAAAUGUAAAAAGUUCCUUGCAUUUAUUUGUAUACUUACCUCUUGUUUUGUCAAAUAUAGCAUUUCAUUGUAAUACAAAUUUUUUGCCUUUGAAAGCAUAAGGCACACAUUAUUCAGAUUCAUGUUUUAUGGUCCAUCUUUCUUUAACAUACUUGCAGAUUUCGUUGUAACCAAGCAUGCCACUUUCUUGCGUGUAAGAACCAGGUUGCCCAGGACCAUUUUUUGAAGAACCUAUUGUAUUACAGGAGGGAUUUGACAAGAUAA